UAACAUACAUUCCCAUCGUAUAUCUCAACUGAAUGCUAUGUGUUGGUAUCAAAUCAGUCUAUACCCCCAGACUUAAGUUAACAACCAAAGUAUAAUUCAAGCACAAGCAUUAUGGGAGUUGUAGUCUGUUCUUGUGAAACAAACGUGCAUGUGUGUGUCACAAGUUAGCUUGGUAAAUAGCGGUACAUGUAGUAAUCCUGAGAACAUUUACGUCCUAUAGAAUUCAUGGCGUUCAAUUUCAACUUCGACAUUAAGGUGAAAACAGACGGAAUCUGUCAAGGCGAUGCGAAAACGGAAAAAGAUCAGGAAUGCUCUCUUAAAACUGUAAAGGAUGACGUCAGCCCCACUCCUCAGCCCAUGAAGCCGGCUCGAGAACACUCCGCCCCCAGCGAUGUGGACGCGCUCUUGCGGGACGUCGUCACGGAGACGGUGCGCGUGGGGGCUCUGCCGCCGCUGCUGUGCGUGAACGAGUCGGUGCUGGAGCUGACGGCGGAGGAGAGGCAGGGCGAGGAAGAGGAGGAGGAAGAGGAGGUCCUGAAGAAGAUGGCCGCCCAGCGCUCGGACCUGCUGCCGGGGGUGUAUGAGGGGGGGCUGCGGGUGUGGGAGUGCACCUACGACCUCCUCGCACACCUGGACACGCACCUGGAGCGCGAGGGCGAAGGGGGCGGAGUCUUUGCGGGGAGGCGGGUCUUAGACCUGGGCUGUGGGGCGGGGCUCCUGGGCGUCAUGGCGAUGCGCCUCGGGGCGGAACAGGUGGACUUCCAGGACUACAACAGCACGGUCAUCCGCCAGCUGACCAUCGCCAACGCCGCGCUUAACCAGCAACCGGAGGAGGAGGAGGAGGAGGAGAAACAAGAGAAGGGGGAGGUGAAGCAGGAGAAAGAGAAGGAAGGAGAGGAGGAGGAGAGGAAGAAGGGAGACGCACAGCAGAGAGUUGGUGAGAAAAGGGGAAAGGGGGAUGGCAGAGAGAGACAGAUGGAGGAGGAGAAACGGAGCGGGAAGAGAGGAGAGGAGAAGGAGAGCCCGCCGCCCAAGCGCAGAGCGCCCCCUGCCUGUGCCCCCCUGCGCUGCCACUGCCGCUUCUUCUCGGGGGACUGGACCUCCUUCCUGUCACUCAUCCAGCAGCGCAGCCCGGCGCACAAAUAUGACAUCAUCCUCACCUCGGAGACGAUCUACAACACGGACUACUAUGCAGCGCUGCACGCGCUCCUCCAUAGGCUGCUGGCGGAUGACGGACAGGUGCUGCUGGCCACUAAGGCCCACUACUUUGGGGUGGGGGGCGGGCUGCUGCUGUUUGAGCGCUUCGUGGAGGAGCGGGGCGUGUUCGAGACGCGCCGGCUACUUGACGUGGACGAGGGGCUGCAGAGACAUGUGUUGUCGCUCACGUUCAAGAGACACGACACACACACGUCACCGUCCACACACUCCUCUCACGCCACAGCCUCCAAUGGGGCACUUCAGAAGGUGAAAUAACUGUGUGUGUGUGUGUGUGUGUGAGAGAGAGAGUGAGUAUGAGAGAUUGUAUGUGUGUCUAAUGCAGAAGCUCAGUGUGUACGCCCUCUUGUGGUCUUGUACAGUAAAUUCUUCUAAAUGUAAAACAAUGUUUUUUCUCUCUCUGUGUGGUUAAUGGGUGUUGGAGAGCCCUGUCACAUGCUCCUGACACACCUGGGCAUCCGCACCCUGCGUCUCUGAGGACCUGUGUGUGUGUGUGUGUGUGUGUGUGUGUGUGUGUGUGUGUGUAUGAACAGAGAUGG